AGUGGACCUUUCCGAAAUUAAAAGACAUGUCUUUCUUCACGAGAGUUCUGGCCAUGAAAUGCAAGCAGACGCUUGAAUCCGAGGGAACUUCCUUCUGCCAUGCGCUUUUUGCCAGCAGGUUUCACCAGCUGCCCACACGUUCCAGCAGCCAGUCCCUGGAGGUGCAGAAUAACUCCCCAGCGGCGGCAGAGAACAAAGGCAAGGCGGCGGUGGGGGGCUCGGGGCGCGCAGGGGAGCUGCUGGAGCCCGCCCCGCGCCGGCUUGGCAGGGUGAAGAGCCUGCACGAAAUGCCCGGACCCAACACCCUCUACAAUCUCUACGAGUUCUUCUGGAAGAACGGCUUCGGCCGCAUCCAUGAAAUCCAGCAAAAACACACUCAGGAGUAUGGAAAGAUCUUCAAGUCUCACUUUGGUCCCCAGUUUGUUGUAUCCAUUGCAGAUCGAGAUAUGGUUGCUCAAGUCCUCCGAGCAGAAGGUAGAGCACCACAAAGAGCUAACAUGGAAUCCUGGCAGGAGUACAGAGACUUGCGAGGGAGAGCCACUGGACUUAUUUCUGCGGAGGGGGAACAAUGGCUAAAAAUGAGAAGUGUACUGAGGCAGAAAAUUCUGAAACCCAAAGAUGUGGCUGUUUACUCUGAGGGAGUCAAUGAAGUAAUCACAGACUUAAUUAAAAGAAUCCACACCCUCAGAAGUCAAGAGGACGAUGGGCAAACAGUGACCAAUGUUAACAACCUUUUCUUCAAGUAUUCAAUGGAAGGUGUGGCAACUAUUCUGUAUGAAUGCCGGUUGGGCUGCCUGGAAAACAACGUCCCGCAGCAGACUGUUGAAUAUAUUGAGGCUCUGGAGUUGAUGUUUAGUAUGUUUAAGACCACUAUGUAUGCAGGUGCUAUUCCCAAAUGGCUUCGUCCACUUAUUCCAAAACCCUGGAGGGAGUUCUGCAGAUCCUGGGAUGGACUCUUCAAAUUUAGUCAGAUCCAUGUUGACAACAAAUUGAAGGCUGUUCAGUCUCAGCUGGAUCGAGGAGAAGAAGUGAAUGGUGGGCUACUUACAUACCUCCUAGUGAGUAAGGAACUUACUUUGGAAGAGAUCUAUGCCAAUAUGACUGAAAUGCUUCUGGCAGGAGUGGACACAACUGCUUUUACUUUGUCCUGGGCAACAUACAUGUUGGCGAAGCACCCCAAGGUUCAACAAUGUGUUUAUGAGGAAAUAGUCAAUAAACUGGGAAAAGACCAAGUUCCUGUUGCUCAUGAUAUCCCAAAAUUGCCUUUGAUUAGAGCUGUGCUGAAAGAAACCUUGAGGUUAUAUCCAGUAUUGCCAGGAAAUGGAAGAGUGACCCAAAAAGACUUGAUUAUUGGAGGAUACUUGAUACCUAAAGGGACACAGCUGGCACUCUGUCAUUAUGCUACUUCAUACAGUGAAGAAAAUUUCUCAAUGGCAAAUGAGUUCCGACCUGAGCGCUGGCUGAGGAAAGAUAACUUCGACAGAGUAGACAAUUUUGGUUCCAUUCCCUUUGGUUAUGGCAUUCGAAGUUGUAUAGGAAAAAGAAUUGCAGAGCUGGAAAUUCAUCUUGCACUGAUUCAGUUGCUUCAGAAUUUUGAGAUCAAAAUUUCUCCCAAAACUGAACCAGUUCAUGCCAAAACUCAUGGACUUUUGACUCCUGGAAACUCCAUCAAUGUGAGAUUUUCUGAAAGAAAGUGAGACUCCAGUGUUUUGGAAAUGUAUGAUUUUUGAGAACCAACUUGCAUCUUAUGGAUGUUUAAUCAUGCUUGUUCUAUGGUUUGUAGGUAUUUGGCAAAAUGGUCAAGGAUUAUGUUCUGCCUUAGUAACAGUAGUACAUAAGAGAAAUUACCUCUUCUGUAAUAAUUACACCUAUGAAAAUAUAUAGUGAAAAAAUUACUUCUUUCACUGGGUAUCUGCCCUUACCUGGAAAGAUUGCUAGUAAUAGCAACAUACGCAUUGAAAAAAAGCCCAACCAAAAUUCAGUCCUAUCAUUCAGUGCUUUUGUUACACUGCUUUGUCAUGAAAGUCAGCUACUCGGUGAGUCUAUUUGCAAGCAUGCAUUUUAGUAUAUAAUAUGUGAAAAUUAGUUGAGUUUAUGAGUUUGUGUUUCCUUGUUUUUUGUCCUCCCAUGUUUUUUAAAGGCUUCCACCUAACAUUGAAACUCUGAGUUCAUUUCUCUCUUGUCUGUAGAAACAUUUACCCCGUUUGUAUUAAAAAGCUACUACAGUAAUAUGAAAAGAUAGAAAAAAUACAAUUCAUGUCAAUUUCUGGUUAGGCUCAAAAUACAGAACAAUUGAAAGUUUAU